UCUCUUAAAUGUUUCCUUGGAGCCUUAAAAAUGGAGAUGACAAAAAUGACUGGUGUAUCAGUGAAACGUGGGUCCCUUGCUGUUGAAGAUAAUGACAGUCUGGCCCCAGCUGAGGAGGUAAAAAGACAGAAGGUCUCAGAAAGCUGUCUCACCAAAGGUCAGGAGGGGCUAGAAAAUAACUCUCCACCCAGCCCUGAAAAUGUGCCUGGGCUACCUGAAGUUGUAAGUUCUGGAAAGAGUAAAAAAAAUGCCGAUGCCCAGUUGCAAGAAGAGGAAGGGGAGGAAGAAGAUGGCCUUUCAGAGGAGAGUGAUGAGGAGGAGGAAGCUGAGAGUUUUGCAGACAUGAUGAAGCAUGGACUCACCGAACUUGAUGUAGGCAUCACCAAGUUUGUAAGUUCUCAUCAAGGAUUCUCAGGAAUCUUAAAAGAAAGAUACUCUGACUUCGUUGUUCACGAAAUAGGAAAAAAUGGACGCAUAAGCCAUUUGGAUGACUUGUCCAUUCCAGUGGAUGAGGAGGAUCCUUCAGAAGAUGUAUUUACAGUUUUGACACCUGAAGAAAAGCAUCGUUUAGAAGAGCUUCAGCUUUUUAAAAAUAAGGAAACCAGUGUUGUCAUCGAGGUUGUUGAGGACACCAAAGAGAAAAGAACCAUCAUCCAUCAAGCAAUUAAAUCUCUGUUUCCAGGAUUAGAGACAAAAACAGAGGAUAGGGAGGGAAAGAAAUACAUUGUGGCCUACCAUGCUGCUGGAAAAAAGGCUCUGGCAAAUCCAAGAAAACAUUCUUGGCCAAAAUCUAGGGGAAGUUACUGCCACUUUGUACUGUACAAGGAAAACAAAGACACCAUGGAUGCUAUUAAUGUACUGUCCAAAUAUUUAAGAGUUAAGCCAAACAUAUUCUCCUACAUGGGAACCAAAGAUAAAAGGGCCAUUACUGUUCAAGAGAUUGCUGUUCUCAAAAUAACUGCGCAAAGACUUGCCCACUUGAACAAGUGCUUGAUGAACUUUAAGCUAGGGAAUUUCAGCUAUCAGAAAAACCCUCUGAAAUUAGGAGAGCUUCAAGGGAAUCACUUCACUGUUGUUCUCAGAAAUAUAACAGGAACUGAUGACCAAGUACAACAAGCCAUGAACUCUCUCAAGGAGAUUGGCUUUAUUAACUACUACGGAAUGCAAAGAUUUGGAACUACAGCUGUCCCCACAUAUCAAGUUGGAAGAGCUAUACUACAAAAUUCCUGGGCUGAAGUCAUGGAUUUAAUAUUGAAACCCCGUUCUGGAGCCGAAAAGGGGUACUUGGUUAAAUGCAGGGAAGAAUGGGCGAAGACCAAAGACCCAGCCUCUGCCCUCAGAAAACUACCUGUCAAAAGGUGUGUGGAAGGGCAGCUGCUUCGAGGACUUUCAAAAUAUGGAAUGAAGAAUAUAGUCUCUGCAUUUGGCAUAAUACCUAGAAAUAACCGCUUAAUGUAUAUUCAUAGCUAUCAAAGCUAUGUGUGGAAUAACAUGGUGAGCAAAAGAAUAGAAGAGUACGGACUGAAACCUGUUCCAGGGGACCUGGUUCUCAAAGGAGCCACAGCCACCUAUAUUGAGGAAGAAGAUAUUAAUAAUUACUCCAUCCAUGAUGUGGUAAUGCCCUUGCCUGGUUUUGAUGUUAUCUACCCAAAGCAUAAAAUUAGUGACGCCUACAGGGAAAUGCUCACAGCAGACAAUCUUGAUAUUGACAACAUGAGACACAAAAUUCGAGAUUAUUCCUUGUCAGGGGCCUACAGAAAGAUCAUUAUUCGUCCUCAGAAUGUCAGCUGGGAAGUUGUUGCAUAUGAUGAUCCUAAAAUUCCACUCUUCAACACGGAUGUGGACAACCUAGAAGGGAAACCACCACCAGUUUUUGCUUCUGAAGGCAAAUACAGAGCUCUGAAGAUGGAUUUUUCUCUUCCUCCUUCUACCUAUGCUACCAUGGCCAUUCGAGAAGUGCUAAAAAUGGAUACCAGCAUCAAGAACCAGACCCAGCUGAAUACCACCUGGCUCCGCUGAGCCCUGUGUCCCCACAGUAGAAAAUGCAGACAAUGUUUGCUGGCCUCCUGUUCAUCUUUCUCUUAGUACAGACCCAUAGUAGAUUUUG